AUGCUGGUGAAGGCGGAGGGCCUGGCGCCGCCGGCCGAGGACGAGCUGCUGCUGCUGGGCCUGGCCUCGCCCGCCCCUUCGCCCUCGCUGCCGUCCAGCGCCGAGGAGGAGGAGGAGGAGGAGGAAGAGGAGGAGGAGGAGCUGCGAGACGCCUCGCCGGCGCGGCCCGUCGAGGCGCCGGGCGCCCGGGGGUUACGGCGGCCGGAGGGGAAGCGGCGGCCGGGACGGUCCCGCGGCAACCCGCGGACGGCUCGGACGGCGGAGACGGCGCAGCGCAUCAAGCGGAGCCGGCGGCUGAAGGCCAACAACCGGGAGCGCAACCGCAUGCACAACCUGAACGCGGCGCUGGACGCCCUCCGCGACGUGCUGCCCACCUUCCCCGAGGACGCCAAGCUCACCAAGAUCGAGACGCUCCGCUUCGCUCACAACUACAUCUGGGCGCUCACCGAGACCCUGCGGCUGGCCGGGGCGGCGCGGCUCGGCCCCGAGGCGGCGGCGGCGGCGGCGGCGGCGGGGGGGGGCACCGCCGAGGGCAGCCCCUCUCCCGCUUCCUCUUGGAGCGGCGGCGCCGCCAGCCCCGCGCCCUCCGCCUCCCCUUACGCCUGCACUUUAUCGCCCGCCAGCCCCACCGGCUCCGCCUCGGACGCCGAGCACUGGCCGCCCCCGCCGGGUCGUUUCGUCCCGCCGCCUCCUCAAGCCCCGCUGCCGCCGCUUUCCCGCCGUUGCCUCUAG